AUGACCGCUCCAAUUGACCUCCACCAAGCCCUCCAAUCUCUUUCCCCAAUCGACGAAUCCUCAAUCCCAUCAGACCAACCGAACCUCCAACCAUUCCUGGAAUCAACCUUCACAACUGCCGCUUACGUCAUCGAUACUCUUCCAAUCCCUCCUCCUGCGCCUGUAAACUUCAAGUUAUUACCUGUUGCCUCCUCGUCUUCUCCUUCAUCUUCAACUACGAAUUCACCGGCCGGUGGGAGAUCAAGAAGUACCACGGUCAGUUCUGCAGUAUCCGGUAAUACUAGUUUAUCUACCAGUUCCUCGGCGACAAAGUUGACGAUAGUUCCGUCUUCUAUUCGACCUAAGGAACCGGAGAUUCCUAGUGUUUUUACCAAGGAGUGGAAGGAGGUUAAGCCCGGUGGGAAUAAUCCACAUGAUAUUAAGGUUUAUAAGCUAUCGUCCAAGGAUGGUGGGGGAGCUUGGUUUGCUAGGAGGAGUGUGCAUGAGGGGAUUGGGUUUGCGAGGUUUAGGAAGGGACUUAGAAGGGAGUUUGAGGAGAGUCUUGAGAGGAGGAUGGGGGUUGGGAGGGAAGGAGGCGGUAAUGGUAAUAAUAAUGGCGAGGAGAUGGUUAUUCCGGCUGGGGUUAGGGGCAUUGGAGCUGAAAGAAGGCUGGAGAGGAGGGUUGUUAAGGGUGUUGGGAGGGUUGAUGUAUACCACCUAUCAGCACAAUUUCCAGGUCCGAGUGCCCCCCGCGACUUCGUAACCGCAUGUACAACAUCCUCGUCCUCCGCUCCACCAAGAACCUCGACAGCAACUGUCACCAAAUCCGGAAAACAAGGUCGAGAGUUCACCAUGGUGUCCCGUCCUCUCAGCCACUCUUCCGCGCCAGAACAAAGCGGAUUCGUCCGUGGGAAAUACGAAUCGAUAGAAUUCAUCCGCGAAAUCAUCCCGGAUACAGAAGAAGAGGAGGAAUCCGCACCGAGGAGAAGUAUGAGUGUUAGCGAUUUAACCCAGCGAGCAUCUGUUUUAUUAAGCGUCGAAGACGCAAGCCGACCGGUUGGAAGGAAGAGGAGUAGGACCGUUGGUGAAACUCCUAGAAAAGCGGUGUCCUUCGAUGAGAGCAGUACACCCGUCAAUGGGAAUGCUAUGCCUAGAACUGGAACAUUUGGAAGUGAUCCGUUAAAAGGACAUAGAGCUUCUAGACUUAGAGAAGCGAUUUCGGCGGAUGAUUUACCUGAAGAUGAGGAGGGGAAAGUCCCCUCUGCUGAUAUUGCGGAGCAGAAGGUUAAGAAUACCAGUGUUGGUGGUGUUGCGGUGGAAGAAGGAGAUAUGGAUUCACUUGAGGGAGAUGGGGAAACAAACCCCGUUGAGUGGAUUAUGCUUACCAGAUCGGAUCCCGGUGGGAGUGUACCGAGGUUUAUGGUGGAGAGAGGGACACCGGGAAGUAUUAUCAAAGAUGCGGAAAAGUUUUUGGAUUGGGCCUGUGAAAAGGUCCAUGAAGAGGAUGUAUCGGAUGAUGAACAUGAACCCGAGGAGGAAGAGGAAGAAGAAAUACAUCCCGAUCAGGAUAGUUUUAAUACUUUCUCGACGGGUAGUACGGUCGAAGGAGGUCCUUUGGUGAAUGGAAGCCAUGAAACCGAGGAACUGAAAAGAGCUAUGAGUCAUGACGAUUCCAUGUCGAAUUUAUCAUUCAGAACAGCUGAUUCCGGGGAGUGCGAGGAAGAGGAAGAGGAAGAGGAAGGGAGUGGCUCGUUGGGGUCUUCGCAGUUAAGUGGAGGGCAGUUGAAUCCCUUAUUAGUCGACGAGAUUGCGAAUGGAAGAGCAAGAGCGGGGACGGGGGCUUCUUCGUCGUCCUCUUCAGCUGCUUUACAAAGAAUUCAAACGGAUGCAUUGAAAACAGCUGCGAAAACGCAGAAUACCCGAGACAAAAACGAUAAAAAGAUGGCAGUAAGACUUGCAAAAGAAGAAGAGAAACAAAGAAAGCUAGAAGCCAAACAUGUGAGGGAAGCGGCAAAACGGGAAGAGAAGUUUCAAAGAGAACAAGCGAAAGCAGAAGAAAAGAGAAGAAAGGAAGAAGAAAAGAUUAGAGAUAGAAAGCGUAGAUUGGAGGAACGAGACGAGAAAUUGAGAAAUGAAAGAGAAAGGGAGGAUUUGAGGAGGGAAGUUGAACUUUUGAGGAAAGAGAGAGACGUUUUAAGCAGAGAGAACGAAGCUCUAAGGAAAGAGGCUGCUGGACUAAGAGCUAGAUAUGAACUAGAGGGUGGACAUCCGGGACUUAAGUCUAGGAGCUCGAGUUCGAUGGCAUUGCACAGCCACCAAGUUCAGAGACCGGCGUCUCCGGCGUCGUCAUCAACGUCGAGUAAAGGUAAGAAGAAUCAGAGGAAAGAGCAUGCUUGA